CACAUUUUUGUGCAAAAGAAGUAGAAGCAGGGAAAAUAAUUAGUAACAAAAAUUUUCUAGAAGUUUCAAAAUCAGGAGAAUUUGUGAAACGCGGUUAAUUUUGGUGUUAUUUAAUAUCCAGAUUGAAGAAAGUUCGAUUAUUUUCGCACGUAGUAAUUUAUUAUUGAUUUAAAAAAAAGAAAGAUCUUUAACAAAAAUCCCUUUGAAAUAUGGAUCAGAUUAAUGCUUUGAAGGAAAAAGGAAAUAAGGCCUUAGCGGAAGACAAAUAUGAGGAAGCAAUUGCAUCCUAUACAGAAGCAAUAAAUUUGGAUGAAAAAAAUCAUGUUUUAUAUAGUAACCGGUCCGCUGCCUAUUCAAAAGCAGGGAAAUAUGAUUUGGCUUUAAAAGAUGCUGAAAAAACCGUCUCGCUUAAUCCCUCUUGGGUAAAGGGCUAUUCCAGAUUAGGUGCUGCUUAUACCGGUUUGCAAAAAUAUCAUGAGGCGUUCAAAGCUUAUGCUGAUGGUUUAAAAUAUGAUCCAAAUAACGCUGCUUUAAUUCAAGGGCAGAAUGAAAUAAGGGAGGCCGUAUUAGCUCAACUUUUAAAUCAAACGCCCAUGGAUAUAGAUCCGCAAUCGCCACCAUCAUACUCAACUACUAAAACAACAAAUAAUAAACCAACCGAUACAAACAAAAAAGAAGCCAAUGUGGAGAAUUUAACAGAAGAAGAAAAGAAAAAAUUAGAAGCCAAAAAUGCUAAAGAAGCAGGAAAUGCAGCUUAUAAAAAAAAGGAUUUUGAAAAUGCUUUAAUUCAUUAUAAUAAAGCCUUAGAAAUAGACCCUACGGAUAUUACGUUUCACAAUAAUAUAGCUGCCGUUUAUUUCGAACAAAAAGACUAUGACAAAUGUAUUAAAGAAUGUGAAAAAGGAAUUGAAGUUGGAAGAGAAAAUCGUGCAGAUUAUAAACUAAUAUCAAAAGCUUUUGCUAGAAUUGGUAAUGCUUAUAGAAAAAUGGAGAAUUGGAAAAUGGCUAAAACUUACUACGAAAAAUCAAUGGCGGAACAUCGUACACCGGAAGUGAAAACUCUAUUGAGUGAAGCAGAGAAACUUAUCAAAGAACAAGAACGUAAAGCUUAUAUUGAUCCAGUAAAAGCAGAAGAAGAAAAAGAAAAGGGAAAUGAAUUGUUUAAAAAAGGUGACUAUAGUACCGCUGUUAAACAUUAUAGCGAAGCAAUCAAACGUAAUCCUGAUGAUCCGAAAUUGUAUAGUAAUAGAGCUGCUUGCUACACUAAACUUGCUGCCUUUGACUUAGGAUUAAAGGAUUGCGAUAAGUGUAUUGAAUUAGACAGUAAAUUUAUCAAAGGUUAUAUUAGGAAGGGAAAAAUUUUACAGGGAAUGCAAGCUCCAACAAAAGCAUCUUCAGCUUAUCAAAAGGCUUUAGAAAUAGAUCCCAAUAACGCUGAAGCUCUUGAAGGGUAUCGCGCUUGUUCGAUGGGUUAUUAUAAAAAUCCGCAGGAAGUAUGGAAAAACGCAAUGUCGGACCCAGAGAUACAACAAAUACUUAAGGAUCCUGCAAUGCGCCUUAUUCUAGAGCAAAUGCAAAGUGACCCGAAUGCAGUUCAGGAACAUUUAAAAAAUCCAGCUAUAGCCGACAAAAUAAUGAAACUUUUAGGUUCCGGUAUAAUAGAAAUUCAUUAAAAAGUAUUUCCCAGCAAAGAAAAGAACACAAUAGAAUAACGACAUAGCUAUUUGGACAGUAUAUUGAAAAUAAUUGCUUUAUAAAUGGUCUUUGAUAUCGAAUUAUUUUUUACAAAAAUAUUUUAGUUAUUUUUAAUAUUUUAUAAAUACGGAUUAAUUUGCUGCGUUAAAUAUAUAAAAAUGUGCAUUAAGGGCAAACAUUUUUUCAGUAGCAAGUCUGAGAUCACUAAUUUCCAUUUUUCUUUAUGAAUUUGUUAUGUGUAUACAAAUUAAAAAUUAUUAAAAUAAAAUCAAAAUAAGAUAUA